AGGCUUAUUUUCUUUUAAAAUGCCUUAUCACGGUUCUUGUGUAGUAAUUGAUUGUUUGCUUACAUGGAGAAACAGUGAAGUGAAAUUCUUUCGUUAUCCUAAACCCAAAAUGAGGAUAGACAAAAGAAAUAAAUGGAUUAAAGCUAUUCGGAAACAAAAUCUAUAUGGAUUGAACUGGAUUCCAAAACGUACCGAUAGAAUAUGCAGUGCACAUUUUGUUGGAAAUAUGACAUCAAAUGAUCCAUCUCAUCCCAGUUAUGUACCAACAAUAUUUCCAAAGGAUUACAAACCAAAGAUAAUUAAUCCAGAGGCUAGUUUAAACAGGUUUAAUCGAUUGAAUGAACGCAGUGCUAAAAAAGUUAUUGAAAUGAACUCUUCAAAGAUUUCUAUAGGAAUAUGGCUAGAUAAGUGUGGAUUUAUUGGAGGCAGCCCUGAUGGAUUAUGUAAAGAUGACUUUACCAUCAACACCAAGUGCCUUUACAAAUUGAGGGAGUCCAAAUCUUUGGUUAAUGAUAUGUAUUAUAAGAACUAUAUCGUAUAUGUAAAUGAAAAAAAAAAUACAAGUAGUACUGAACACAAAGUGCGGUUAUUACAAUCAAAUUCAAGGCAAAUUUAACAAAAAGGAAGGUGUGCCACUUAGUGAUCUUAAUGCCUUCAGAAUCGAUCAUGUAUGAUGUCAGUAUCGAAAAAUUCUGGGAAAACAAUAUAGAAUUAUUAAAAACAUUUUAUUUGAAUAAAUAAGUGUAUUAUAGC